AUGGGAUCGCGUUUGGCCAUCGUCGAUUCGGAGGAAAAACACAACACCGUCGUACGGCAAGCCAAGGCGGCGGAACUUCAUUCGUCCGGAUAUUUUGGUGGUUGGUUGGAUGCCACCGAUCUAGCCCGGGCGAAAAGCUUCGUCUGGCACAGCACUGGAGCGCGGGUUCAGUUUUCCCGCUGGAGAAUAGGGGAACCCAGCGGAGGCAACGAACAUUGUGGGGCGCUGCAGUACUGGCCAUUGUUGGGCUUUGUGUGGACCUGGAAUGAUGUCUCGUGCAAUAAGCAGCUGUAUGCCAUCUGUGAGAGCACCGAUAGAGGGUCGUGUGUUUAA